AUGACUCGCAUCGGCUGGUAUGGCCUAGGCUCCAUGGGCCUAGCCAUGGCCACCAAUCUCCAAAGGCACCUAGCGACCAAAAACGCCAUGAAUCUAAUCUACUCGAACCGGACAAUGGCACGCGGUGACCCUCUCAAAACCCUCGGUGCCACCCCAGAGACCAGCUUCGCCAAACUAGUCGCUCAAUGCGGGAUCAUCUUCACCAUGGUGCGUACAACUAAAAUAAUCGCAUUCCAUAAAGCUAACACGAAAAAGGUCUCCAACGACGCAGUCCUCCAACAACUAAUCACAUCCGCCAUUGGAUCCGGACACUCUCUCCGCGAUAAGAUCUUCGUAGACUGCUCGACCGUCCACCCCGAAACGGUGGGUCUAACUGUCUCCAAACUGAGAGAACAGCAAGCGUCUUUCCUGGCGGCACCUGUGUUUGGCGGCAAUCCAAUCGCAGUGGAUGGAAAGCUCGUCUUUGCCAUUGCCGGGCCGAAGAAGGCCUCGGAGGUGGUCAAGCCGUUGAUUCAGGGUGUUAUGGGUCGCAAGGUUAUUGAUUGUGGUGAGGAUGCGACUAAGUCUUCGCUUUUGAAAAUUGCUGGUAAUAUCGUCACCGUAAAUAUGAUGGAAGCUGUCGGAGAAGCCCAAGUUUUCGCCGAGCGUACUGGAUUAGGCACUGGUCCGAUGGAAGAGCUCAUCGGGGAAGCUUUUGGCGCCGUGGCUGGUGGAUAUUCGAAGAGAUUGACGACCGGUGCUUAUGCGCCGCCGCUGGAAUCUCGGCCUGGGUUUGGUGUGUCUCUUGCUAUUAAGGAUGCGAACCAUGCAUUUGCCAUGGCGAAGGAACAUAAUGUUGAGCUUCCCGGUCUGAAGGUCGCGCAUGAGAACAUGGUGGCUGCGAGGGAGUAUGCUGGUGAGUGUCUGGAUAGCAGUUCAAUGUACGGCGUUCUGCGCCAGAAGGCAGGAAUGGCUUUCUGGAAUGAGAAGAGUCGCAAGGAGUAA